GACGCCCUGGACACCCUCGACGCCCUCUCGACGAGCCCCACGCCGCCCUGGGCCCUGCCGGACCCGCGCGCGCGCCCGGGCACGAGGCCCGUGGCAUCCUCCGCCGCCGCCGCGGACGCGGCGGCCACCAGGGCGGACGGCCUCGACCCUCGGCAGCGCAAGGGCUCGCCCGACAGGGGCGACCCGCCGAAGAGGGCGUCCCAGGUGUCCGACGGCGAGGAUCCCGGGGGGCUGCUAAGAGAGAGAAGGAGAAGCCUGCUGGCAACGCCUUCACCGCGAGGACGGGCGGUGUCUUCGGCGACGCCGAUUCCAUAA